GCGUGUGUUUAUACUGUUUAUAUUUUUUCGAAAAUAAAUAUUUCCUUGAUGAAUAAUAAUUUACGUAUUUACGUACAUUCUAAACAAAUUGACACUGUGUACAUUUGGUUGAAUAAUUGUUAAAGACAUUUUGAUGCUCUUAAUCUUAAUAACCAAUAAAUAGUUGAUUGAAGAUGUCGGGAGAUGCGGCGGCAGGCGCGUCGCAAGUAGUGCUGGUGACGGGCGGCUACGACCACACCAUCAAGCUAUGGCAGGCUCACAGCGGCGUUUGCUUGCGGACUAUGCAACAUCCGGACUCGCAAAUAAAUGGCCUAGAAAUAAGGCCCGAUGGCCAGAUGGUAGCCGCAUGUGGGUACCAGCACAUACGUAUGUAUGACCUCGCUAGCACUAACCCAGACCCUGUCAUGAACUAUGAGGGUGUAAGCAAAAAUGUUUCUAGAGUUGGAUUCUCGGAUGAUGGCAAAUGGAUGUAUACGGGAGGUGAAGAUUGUACAGCUAAAAUUUGGGACAUAAGGGUUGGCCGACAGUUCCAAUGCCAGCGAAUCUUCCAAGUGCCGGCGCCGGUGAACGCCGUCAUCAUGCACCCCGACCAGACGCAGAUCAUGGUCGGCGACCAGAGUGGGAUCAUCCACGUGUGGGACCUGCGUACCGACCAGAAUGAACAGUUGAUACCGGAAGCGGAAGCAUCGAUCCAGGACAUCGCGAUCGACCCGGAGGGCCGCAUGAUGGCGGCGGUGAACAACAAGGGCAGCUGCUACGUGUGGGCGCUGGGCGGCGCGCCGCCGCGGCCCGUGCCGCGCAAGCACCUCGUCGCGCACAACAAGUACGCGCUGCGCUGCCGGUUCAGCCCCGACUCCACAAUGCUGGUGACGACGAGCGGCGACUGCACGGCGCGCGUGUGGCGCACCAGCGACUGGGGGCUGCAGCGCGAGCUGCGCCACGACUCGCAGCGCUGGGUGUGGGACUGCGCCUUCAGCAACGACGAGCGCUACCUCUUCACCGGUUCAUCGGACAGCUACGCGCGGCUGUGGGAUCUCGAGAAGGGCACGCUGGAGCGCGAGUACUGCGGACACCAGAAACCCAUCACCGCGCUCGCCUUCCGCGACCAAGCGGUCUAGAAUCUAGAUAGUCUAGCUAGUAUCUAGACUAUCCAGAUUCUGGAUAGUCCAGAUACUUACCCGAAGUCUAUGGAACGCACGCUCGACGCUGGGUUUCACCAAUUUAUGAUAACUUGUGUAAAAAUAUGGGUGCACAUGAGGGUUGUAUUCCACCUAUCUAAUUUCUUUGUCCAAUGUCAUUGCGUCUCACUCUCUCAUUAAGCAAAAUGUGAAACGCAAUACACAUUGUACAAAGAAUUUGGACAGGUGGAAUAACCACACUUACACAAAAAUAUUAUAUGUCCCAUUAGCUCUUAUGUCGGCGACUUUACUACUACGCUCAUGGA